AUGCUGCUGUACGACAACAAGAGCUUUCUGGGCUUGUUGUUGGAGCGUCGAGGUAGCGUUUUCUACCGCCCUGGCUCGUUGUUCGUGGGAAUCGUCUUGUGCGGGCUCGGCGGUGGACUCCAGUACUGGCGGGAUAGAGAUGAUGAGUGGGCUCCAGACAUUUUUCACCACUACGGCUUCCAAGCGGUUGGUGCUGGAGUAACUUUUGCAAUCGUAUUCCGAACGCAGCUUGCGUGGAACCGGUACUGGGAGGCUGUAACACAGCUCCAUUUCAUGUACAGCAAGUGGGCCGACGCGUUCUCGCAGUUCCAGGCCUUUGCAGAGGUGACGAAGAAAGCUGCCAGUGACAAGGGCGACUCUCUGAAAGCUGACAGGAUCCGGCAAAAGCAGAAGAGACUCAAGGUGAAUUACGCUUUGCUCAGCGCUUUUGCAGCAGAUCGGCUUACCACUGGAGAUAACCAGCGCAUGGAGGAAGUGAAUAUCAGCAGGGCAAAAACGCGGGCAACUAUGCGCGUGGACAAGGAACACAAGGCCUUCUGCGCGCCUUACAUGGUCGAGCGACAAGACCACGACCGGACAAAGACGGAUGACGGGUUGUAUGUCGUCUUUCAAAUGCCCUCGGAUGAGCAGCUCAAGCUGUUGGCCAAAAGCUUCGAUGCCGUGGCGACGGUCAUGUACUGGAUCAUUUGGGACUUGGCGGACGCUAUGAAAGACAUUGACAUCGCGCCUCCAAUCCAGUCCCGAAUGUAUCAGGAGCUCUCCAAUGGCAUGUUGGGCUUCAACAACUGCCUGAAGAUCGCUGAUGUUCCUUUCCCAUUACCUUUUGCGCAGCUACUGGGGCUGUUGCUGGUGGCGUUCUCAGCGUUCAUUCCGGUCUACGUCAUUGUCUUCACACAGUCUCCAAUCGCAGGACCAAUCAUGUGCUUCCUGCUCUUUGAAAGCUUGUGGUGCCUGAACGAAGUGGCUAAAGAGCUAGAAAAUCCGUUUGGCCGCGAUUCAAACGACAUCACGCUAUCUGACUUUCACCUGAACUUCGUGGACUCCUUGGAAGACAUCAGCAUGGCAGAGCAGCAAGUGCUCUUACACAAGCCCAUCGUAUCUCCCGAAGAAUCCCUAACCAACUGCUUCUCGACCAGGAAGCAGUAA